GAAGCUGAUCAGCUUCAUUUCGUCAUUUCUCUCAGUUCUGUUAUGACAAAAUUAAAGCCCCUUUCCCUCGACUCCUGGUCAAGUUAGUUUAAUCCGAAGUUAUAGUCAUCAUCGGUAACUUCUCGGUAAAUGUUGAUGAACGACACCUAACAGAUGUGGAGACAGCAGGUCCAGCAGCACCUGGAUGCAGAGGAGGACGAAAUGUCGGAGGUUUUUGGAAGUAGAGAUGCUCUUGAACAGGAAAAAACUGGAAGAAGCCAAAUCUUAGAUGCAGUUUUCAGUCCCAACGAUGAACUGCGUAUAAUAGUGGUUCCUGCAGAUGUUAAGGAGUUGGUGCAGAUUAAAGAAGAAGUGCCUGUGGACCAGCAGGACCCAGAACUCAUCCACAUAAAAGAGGAAGAGGAGGAACAGUGGACCAGUCUGCAGGGAGAGCAGCUCAGUGUGAAGGAGGAGACAGAUGUUACCAGCUUUUCAUUCACUGCAGUUCAUUUGAAGAGUGAAGAUGAUGAAGAGAAACCUCUGUUCUCACAGCUUCAACACCAAGAUGAAGUCAGCGAUCUUCUGACCAGCAGCUCAGCUGACCACAUGGAAUCAGCAACUGGUGGAGGGUCCUGUGGAGGAGCAAAAACUACAAAAAAUCCAGAUCUAAAUAGUUGUGAAGACAAUUCUGACUCAUCAGAAACUGAAGUCAGUGAGGAUGAUGAUGUGAAUAAUCCUGACUCUCACGAGAAACACUUAUCAGACUGUAGGUCAAAAACUGAAGACACUGAUAAAAACUGGGAGUUUUUUUCCAGCAGCAUCCCUGAGUUAGAUGGAAGUGCUGUGGACAAAAAUGGACAGAAGCCAUUUUCAUGUGAUCUGUGUGAACAAAGGUUUACCAGAAAGGGCAAUUUAAAAACACACAUGAUUAUCCACACAGGACAGAAGCCAUUUUGUUGUGAUCUGUGUAAACGAAGGUUUUCUGAAAAGAGCAGUUUAAAGAAACACAUGAGAAUCCACACAGGACAGAAGCCCUUUUCUUGUGAUCUGUGUGAACAAAGGUUUUCUCAAACCAGCAUUUUACAGAAACACAUGAGAAUGCACACUGGAGAGAAACCAUUUUCUUGUGAUCUGUGUGAACGUAGGUUUUUUGAAAAGAGCAGUUUAAACAAACACAUGAUAAUCCACACAGGACAGAAACCCUUUUCUUGUGAUCUUUGUGAAAAAAUGUUUACCCGAAAGAGCAAUUUAAGCAAACACGUGAGAAUCCACACUGGACAGAAACCCUUUUCUUGUGAUCUUUGUAAACAAAAGUUUACUCAAAAGUGCCAUUUAAAAGCACACAUGAGAAUCCACACAGGACAGAAGCCAUUUUCUUGUGAUCUGUGUGAACGAAGGUUUACCAGAAAAGGUAGUUUAAUUAGACACACAAGAAUCCACACAGGACAGAAGCUCUUUUCUUGUGAUCCAUGUGAAAAAAGGUUUACCGGAAAGAGCAAUUUAAGCAAACACAUGAGAAUCCACACUGGACAGAAGCACUUUUCUUGUGAACUGUGUAAACAAAAAUUUACCAGAAUGGGUAGUUUAAAUAGACACAUGAGAAUCCACAUUGGGGGAAAAAGUCAUUUGAAAUAACUCAAAGGCAUGAAGUAGCACAGUAGGAAAAAUCUACUUUAUACAUGUAUACUUACACACAUAUUGUAAAGUUCAUCAUAAUAACAGACUGCUGCCGUAAGUUUGUAAGAAACUUUGAUGUACCUAAAUUCUGAAUUAAUAAAAACAAUAUUUUCUACAUA